GACAAGCUUCUUCCUGCAGGAUCUGUGUGUUGCUCAAAACACAAUCAGAAAGCAGCUCCAUGACCCUGAUCUUCCUGUACGGUACCCUGAAGCGCGGCCAGCCCAACCACCCAGUCCUGCUGGACGGCGCCCAUGGCUCCGCUGCCUUCCGCGCCCGUGCCCGUACACUGCAGCCCUACCCGCUGGUCAUCGCAGGGGAGCACAACAUCCCGCGGAUGCUGAACCUGCCCGGCGCUGGGCGCUGCGUGGAGGGCGAGAUCUACGCGGUGGACGACGCCAUGCUGCGCUUCCUGGAUGACUUCGAAGGCUGCCCCAACAUGUACCAGCGCACCCUGGUGGCGGUGCAGGUGCUCGAGGGCACAGGCGAGGACGGCCCCAAGGACACGCUGGCGCCCCACACCACGGUGCAAUGCUUUGUGUACAGCACGGCCGGCCACCCACCCGAGUGGGUCCACCUUCCGCACCACGACAGCUACGACUCUGAGGGGGAGCACGGGCUGCGCUACACCCGCCGAGAGGACAGAUGAGGUAGGGACGGCUGUGGCCGGGGCGCAGUGACCCUGGUGUGAGGCCGGCUCAGUGGGAGCUGGGCGGUGCCCUUUCUACAAUGUCUUUGUCAAAAACUUGAUCUGUAGGAAAAGCAAUCUUUUUCAAUGGCAGCUGAUUUUACAAAUAAUUUUGACAUACUAGUAACAAGAUUGUGCCCUCAAAUCUUUCUUUCCAGUACUACUUUAUUGCUUGCUGCUUAAAGAGCAUCAUGGGCUUAAAUGUGUUAGGUAAGAAAAAUUCAGGAUUUUAAUUCUCCUGAAUGGGACUUAGAGAACUCAGAUUAUCCUGCCUUUCUUUCUUCUUCCCCGCCUCCCCCCUCCCUUUUUUUUUUUGCUUUGCUUUAAUCUGAAGAUAACAUUUAAAAUGAAUGUAAUGUGUGUUGGCAACUAGAUUUUAGCAGUCCCAUUGCAUUGAUUCUGGCGUAUAACAUCUAGAAAAUUUUUUAAAAUAAGAGCUGAUUUUAGAUGGUUCAAUAUCAACAUAAUAAAAAAAGUCUUCAAGAAAAACAGGCUGCAUUUUGGAAUAUAUAGAGUAACCUUAAUUUUUACAUCAAGCUUACAUAGAAACUAUUGAAGAUGAUCACUUAAAAUUAAACUAGAUGUUUUGGGAAAUAAAAUAUAAAUGUGUGUGGUGGUAUGUUCUCCCUCCCGUCCCCAUUUUUGGUACACUUGGUAGGAGCGUCUUUUCAUUUUAAUCUAGCAAAAUAGUGAACACCCACUUGCUGGUAGACACAGCUGAGCACCCUGGACUUCAAAUGGAGGUUUAUCUGAGCCCAGCUCUCAGCAGCCAGGCCCAUCACUGCCUCCUGAAGGGAGCAGCAUUUGGAGGUGGCCUUUCAGAGAAGCAGCAGCACGCUAGUAAUUUGUUCUUCAGGCCUGACAGAAGCUUAGCUUCCAAAUACAAACAGCACUUAAAAUAAUUUUAGCAAGGCACGAAGUACCAAUUACUACCCACCUCCAUCUGAUAAUUUGUCAGCACAGAUUCAAAUCGGCACACGACUCUGCUUCUGCUCACCAGCAAAGUAUGAAACGUAUUCCAAGAAUUUAAGAAACAAAUUGAAAAUGCAGCUGCUGAUCCUCAGUGACCUCAUCUCAAUUGGGAGACCUCCCUUACUCUUCAACUUAAUGGUAGACUAUGAUCACUAACUGCAUCCAGCACAAGAACACAAUCAUUAUUUUUAGCCUCUUUUUCUUAAUUGGAAACUUGCUUUGCAAAAACAAAAAGGCAAAGAGAGCUGCAGGCUGACCAGCCGGUGGCUGCUGCACCUAGUACAGCGCGGAGGCGACCUGGGGGCCUGCGGCAGUGGGGACAGGGCAGUGGCCUGCUCCUCACCAGCAGAGUGGAUGGUCCCAUGUCAGCCAGCAAGCCCGGAAGGGACAUGCAUCAGUGUCAUACACAUGUGGCACCACAGCGGAAAGGGCACUGCCAAAAUCAGCAUCUGGGCUGUCCGGUCUUCGGGAAAUCAGGUCCUCAAUUACAGAAGGAAUAAGGUAAUCAGACUAUACGCUAGCAAAUGCUGAUUUGCUACAACUGAAGGCAGAGAACUGGAAUUCAUAUGAUUUUUUUUUAAAG